AUGACAAGAGCGCGUGCGAGCGGCCGGUCCAGCCACCCACGAUGUCGCGUCGGACAAGACGCUCCAGAUAACGGCACUGGGACCGCUCGGGACGUGGCCGCGUUUGUGCAGCAACGUGCGCUCAACUGGCAGCUUCUGGACACGCAGAUCGACGCCGAAGAGGACACGUUCCCAGUGCCCCAUGCGCUGCCUCAGAACUCCGCUGUUGUCGUUGUUGGGGCUACAAGCGGUGACGGCAAAGUGCCCGAGAACGCACGUUUGCUGCAGUUGCGAGCACUGGGGCCCAUUGCAAGAGGACUGGGAGACGACCAGCAGCGUUUGGAUCCUCGGAUCGCUGACUCCAUAGCUGGAGAAGCUCUGGCGGCGGUUGUGCAGCUGCCUUCGUCGUCGAAAGGAGGGACCAUUGAUGACCCGCCAAAGCCGAUGGAGCCUCGCUACAUCCGGGUAUGCCUCGACAUACUAUCUUCGUUCAUGGUGCUGGAGAAAGGAGUACGAUGCCAUCCUGGAAACCGCGCGGCGGCGCUUCUUCGAGACGUGAUCGCUGCUGCUACAAGUGAAGAAGAGAAAGAGAAGUUCGAGGAGUUAGCGGUAGCUGAGGAUGUGGAUCUUCUGUACGACUUCUACGUUCUUCGAUCGUGCACGAUGUCAUCGUCAGCUCGUCUCUACCUCAUGCGAGUUCAUCUGACCGUGGCCGUCGCAGGCUUCUUGUCUCCGCACAUGCGCCGCCGACAUGAAGUAUGCUCGUUCAUCUUCUUUUCUGUGGGCCCAUCUAAGAAGCAAGGCGCGUACUAA